UUUACUCCGAAAUAUGACUUUUAGCAAGAAAAUAGCCGGAUAUAAAUCGACGCCGGCGACUCCGCAAAUUGGCCUUGCGCCGUUAGUGUGAGCAGUACGGUAAAAGGUGGGGCGGGCUCUGGCCUUCCAUGUGCGUGGCGCGUUUGAUUGACAUGGCGGAGCCUCGCUCGCACUAGUCCGCGUCGCGCCGCGCCAGCAGACAGGCGAGCAGGCAGGCAGGCGAGCUCCGGAGCCUGGGAAUUUAAAAAAAUAUAUACGCGCACACACACUCACACACACUCACACAUACCGCCACCAUCACCAAGACGAAACGAGAAAGGCAGCCAACGUCGCGGUCCCGUCUCCACGUUGUUUCAUUCGCAGCGAGGUAGGGCAGUUGAGUGAAUUUCUCCAUGAAUGUACGUCACAAUGAUGAUGACAGACCAGAUUCCACUGGACUUGGCUCCGCCGCCUCUCCUGAAUGGGGAGGUGCCGCUCAUGCCGCACAUGGUUAACGGUGAUGCAGCGCAGCAGGUUAUCCUGGUACAGGUGAACCCGGGGGAGACGUUCACCAUCCGGGCGGAGGACGGCUCGCUGCAAUGCAUCCAGGGUCCUGCCGAGGUCCCCAUGAUGUCCCCCAACGGCUCCAUCCCGCCCAUCCAUGUGCCACCAGGAUAUAUCUCACAGGUCCUGGAAGAUACCACCGGGGUCCGCCGGGUGGUGGUGACCCCCCAGUCUCCGGAGUGCUAUCCCCCGUCCUACUCCCCCGCUUUGUCGCCCACGCACCACCUGCCCCCCUACCUGGCCCACCCCCACUUCAUCCCCAACUCCCACUCGUUCUACCCGCCCGUCAGCCCCGGCGAGCUGACCCACCACCAGUACUACCAGCACCACCUCCCCCCCAUGUACGGCGACCCAGAAAUCAUGCCGGUGUUCGGCAUUUCCAACUUUAUCCGAGAGGAGACGUACGGGAAGCCGCAGCCCAAGAAGAUCAAGGAGCAGAGGCAACUGGAGCGACAGAAUCGGCUCAACUCGCCGCCCUCCAGCCUUUAUAAAGGCAGCCUGGGGCCGGCCCACAACGGUUACAGCAGCAAGUCCCACGCGCCAUCGCUCGGGUCAGUGGGGUCAGGCGGCGGCAGUCCAGGUAGCAAGAAACCGGAGAGGCGGCUUCGCAGCAGUCCACGCAACGGUGAACCGGAGGCACACCCGCAAGAUCAUGACUCAGAGACCAAACGUGUUCAAGACAUGUUGUCAACAAUCGACAAACCACAGGUGUCCAAUCUGCAGGCCCGAGCUGUGCGUCUCUCUUGGGCGCCCCCCGCAGGCCUGACAAGCCGGCACAGCAACGGCAUGCCCAUGUCGUGCUCCUACGAGGUGUCCCUCUCGGAUAAAGGGCGAGACGGGAAGUUUCGCCUUAUCUACAGUGGUGAAGAACUGGAGUAUCAUCUCAAAGAUCUGAGGCCAGCGACCGACUACCACGUACGGGUGUGCGCCACAUACAACUCGGUGCGCGGCUCGUGCUCCGAGGCGUGCACGUUCACCACGCAUUGCAGCGUCAGCGUUCCCGACGUCCCGCUUGCCCCCAGGCUUUCCCACCGCACCAAAAGCACCCUCGCUUUACAGUGGAAGCCGCCAGGCGACAACGGAUCCAAAAUCACAAACUACCUGCUUGAGUGGGACGAGGGGAAGAAAAACAGCGUGUUCCGGGAAUGUUACUUCGGGAGCCAGCGACACUGUAAGCUGACGCGGCUGUUCCCCGCCUGCGCUUACACCUUCAGGGUGGCGGCGCACAACGACAUCGGCACAAGCGGCUUCAGCUCCGAGGCGGUGUUCUACACCAUGGGCACGCUGCCCGCGCUGCCUCUGGCGCCGCGUCUGGUGAGGGCCGGCGUGUCCUGGGUCACCCUAGAGUGGGGGCGGCCCGAGGGCAGCCCCGGCGAGGAGCAGCUCAAAUACACCCUGGAGAUCCAGGAGGACAACAGCGGAGCGGAGUUUCACCCGAAGUACACUGGAGAAAACUUGACCUGUACUGUACAAGGCCUGAAGAGGAGCACGCAGUAUAAAUUCAGGCUGAUUGCGUCGAACGUGGAGGGCAAGAGCAGUCCCAGCGAAGUGCUGGUGUGCACCACCAAUCCCGACAAGCCGGGGCCGCCGUCCACGCCGUGCGUCGUGGCAUCGACGCCUUACGCCCUCACCGUCACAUGGGAUCCCCCGCAGGACAACGGCGGCUCUGAAGCGCUCACGUAUUUGUUGGAGAUUAGCGAGGGAUGCUCGGAAGCCGAUCAAUGGGAGGUGGCGUACAGCGGGCCGGCCACAGAGUGCGUGUGCGAGCGCCUGGCCCCGGGCAGCAUGUACCGCCUGCGCGUCUGCAGCAUCACCACCGGGGGGCACAGUCAGUGCACUGUUGGCGUUCCGGUGCGCACGUUAAGCGUUCCACCCGGGCCCUGCCAGCCGCCGAGGAUUGUGGGUAAAGCCAAGCACAAGGAGGUCCAGUUAGAAUGGGAGUCCCCUGCUGCCAAUGGUGCAAGCGAGGCGUACAUGUUCAGCCUGGAGAUGAGCGAGGGAGACGCCCAGCCGGCCGAAGUGUUCCAUGGGGCGGAGCUGCAAUGCACCGUGGGUAGUCUGCUGCCCGGCGCCACCUACAGUUUCCGGCUGAGGGCUGCCAAUGAGGCUGGGUUUGGCGAGUACUCCCAGCCAACGGUGGUCACGACUGCAGCGGGUCCUCCAGGCCAGUGUGGGCCGCCGCUCAUCGUGCUUGCCAGCAACACCUGCGUGUCGCUCAACUGGGAGAGUCCCGAGUGCUCGGGCAGCGACAUCUCGGAGUAUCUUCUGGAGUGGGGCCGGGAAGACGAGCCCAUGGAGUUGAUCUACUGCGGCUCGGCCACGCAGUGCGAAGUGUCCGACCUCACGCCCGCCACCAGCUACUGCUGCAGGUUACAGGCUGUCAAUCAGGCGGGGACGGGGCCUCACAGCGAGCAGGUCAGUUUCCAGACACCGGCGACCAUUCCCGACGCCGUCUCUUCGCUCAGCCUCCUGGACCCGCCAGCCUCGUCGGAGUCGGGCCAGUCGCGCGCCACCUGUCUCUUCCUCAAGUGGGAGGAGCCAAACAGCAACGGGGCGGAAAUCUCAUCGUACGUCAUCUCUCUGGACGAGCGGACCAUCACGGUGGAGCCGGCGACCAGUCACCUCGUCGGCGGUCUGCAGCCGAACAGCGAGUACAGCGUUCAGAUCCAGGCAGUCAACGCCAUCGGCUGCGGCCCGUCCAGCCCGCUGUUGCUCGCGAGGACGCGGCCCCUGCCCCCGGCCCCGCCUCCUCUGGAGUGCGCCGCCGCCGGGCCGCAGAGCCUCAAGCUGAAAUGGGGCGAGAAUGCCAGCAACCCUCGCUCCUCCCUGAUGGCCGACGACGUUUACUACACCCUGCAGAUGGAGGACAAAAACCACAGGUUCGUGAGCAUCUACCGGGGCCCCAGUCACACCUACAAGGUCCAGCGGCUGACCGAGUCUAGCAGCUACACCUUCAGAAUACAGGCCAUCAGCGACGCUGGCGAGGGCCCCUACUCGGACUGCCAAACAUUCUGCACCACCAAAUCCGUGCCCCCUGCCCUCAAAGCUCCCAAGGUGCACCAGCUGGAAGGGAACGCGUGCGAAAUCACGUGGGAGACCAUCCCGCCGAUGAGAGGGGACCCCGUGAGCUACGUGCUGCAGGUGCUGGUGGGCCGCGAGUCGGAAUACAAGCAGGUUUUUAAGGGCGAGGAGGCGGCCUUCCAGAUCUCGGGCUUGCAGGGCAACACGGACUACCGCUUCCGCGUGGGCGCCUGCCGCCGCUGCCAGGACUCGUGCCAGGAACUGUGCGGUCCGCUCAGCCCCUCGUCCCACUUCACGCCGCGGCGCCAGGAGGCCUCGGGGCCCGGCGGGCCGGCGGGGGGCGGAGCCUGCGCCCCUUGCGUCGGCUCAGGGAAUUUGCCCCCCCUGGGAAUCAGGAGGAUGAUCUGA